AUCUGAACCAGGCUCUCCGUUUGUGCUUGGGAAGCACGGCGACAGGGGCGGAGUACGAGCCGUCUCCGCCCUCAGCAUCAACCACGACUGCACCCGGCUGCUCUGUGGCUUCGCCAAGGGACAUAUCACCAUGUGGGAUCUGGCCAAUGGGAAGCUUCUGCGAACCAUUACCGACGCCCACCCACCCGGCACCGCCAUCUUACAUGUCAAGUUCACCGAUGACCCUACGCUGGCGGUGUGCAAUGACAGCGGUGGCUCUGUGUUUGAGCUGGCUUUCAGGAGGUUGAUGGGGAUGCGUACAUGUGAGUCUCGUUGUCUGUUCAGUGGCUCUAAGGGAGAGGUGUGUAAUGUGGAGCCUCUCCUUACCGCCCCGGACCUGAAGGAUCACCCCAUCACACAGUACUCUCUCCUGGCCAUGGCCUCUCUUACUAAGAUUCUAGUGAUCGGACUGAAGCCUUCUCUCAAAGUGUGGAUGACAUUUCCUUAUGGCAAGACGGACCCAACCAGUGUUCCCCAGCUGGCCUGGCAGUUUGUCCCCGUUCAGAAGGUGGUCAACCCCGUCCUGGCAUUCUGCAGAGGAGACACCGUACACUUCCUGCUGGUGAAGAAGGAUGAGACCGGAACCAUCCAUGUCAUCAAGCAAAGACAUCUGCAGCUGAACUGUGACAUCAUCAGUCUGAAUUGGAUCAACAGUCGUACCCUGGUGGUGAUGGACAGUGGGGAGAAGCUGCGUGUGGUGGACCGACCCAGCCAGGAGGAGCUGGAGAGCUUGGACGUGGCUGAGGUGCAGCUGGUCUACAACAGCAGCCAUUUUAAAUCGCUGGCAACGGGGGGAAACGUCAGUCAGGCACUGGCCCUAGUAGGAGAGAAGGCCUGCUACCAGUCUGUCUGCAGCUACGCAGGACAGAUGGUGUUACUGGGGACCAAGUCAGCCCACAUCCUGACUCUGAGGAACUGGAGGGAGCGGGUGGACUGUCUGUUGAAACAGGAACGUUUUGUUGAGGCUCUGUCCUUGGCCUGGUCCUUCCAUGAGGGCACUGCCAAGGCUGUACUGGGGCUGUUUGGGGACCCAGCAAAGAGGAAAGGUGUAGUGGCAGACAAGAUGAUAGAGAUUCUGUUCCAGUAUGUGGAGCGCUCAGUGAAGAAAUGUCCAGAACACGGCAAGAUACAGGUGAUGGAACAACAUUUCCAGGACAUGGUGCCUGUCAUGGUAGAUUACUGUCUGCAGCUGCAGAGGACGUAA